GCGUUGGCCACGCUCGUGGAGUUCAUGGGCCAAGCCACAAGGCAGUGCGAGAAGUACUAUAGCUUGGUGCCAGCCUGUAGAUGCAAAGAGCAUGAAAUGAAGCACAUCUGCAGAUACCACGGCAGGCAAGCAGGUGAAAAAGUGAUGGAGGCUGCAGAAGAAAAGAAAAAUGCAGCCUCUGUAGCGUCCAGGCAACCUAAAACUUGCCAACAACAUACCAGGAAGGCUUCCAAAGACAUCUACAUUGAAGUUUCUCCUGGCACCUAUUCUGUCACAGCAACCUCAGAGGACAUGGUGAAACAAACCCAUGUGGUGGAUGUCAGUGCAGGACAAAGCGUUGAUUUAACUUUUGUUCUAUGAUGUUUGUUGUUUCUUGGCAAUCAUGGGAAUAAAAUACUAGGCUUUUUAAUGCAUAUAAUGAACUAUGCAUUCCUUUUACUCUUUUAGCACUUUAACAGUAUUCUCUACGUUGGGCCUGCAUUUUAUGGCUUGUAUAUUUGUCUUAUACUUAGUGCAAAUAUAUAUAUUAUAUACAGCCCACUUUGUACAUUGAUUUUAUAAAUAUUUGUACACUGUGUGCCUUAUUUCCAAUUAUGUGACUGUAUAAUUCCAAUUAAAGGUGCAAUCAAUGGAGUAAAACACAAAGACUGAAUUGUGAUAACCACUUCUUUUGUAUCAUCCUCAGAUAAAGUCUAUGGCAUGUUCUUGAACACAGAGAGCAAAAUCCCUGCAGUAUGAAUGCAGAUGUGCAUGAGCUUCUGCAGACUGGCACAGCUGAGGAUCUGGCUCACAGUGUACCACAUCUCUCUGCUUCAAUUAUUCUCUUAAGGAAAGAAAAUGCCAAUGAAGUUCAUUAUCUAGGACCCCAACUCAAGAAGGUGCUUAAAUAUUUGUCAAAUGUUCAGCAUAGGCACAAACUAUUGCCAGGCAACCUACUCAAGACCAACCUCUAUGCAGGCUCUUGCCUAGACUAAACAUUAGUUAGUUGCCCUUUUUCAGUAGGAGGUGAGGUACCCACCUGAGUUGCCUCACCUUUCCUGCAGAGGGAAGUACUGCUGAGCAACUGCAUGCUGCAACUUAUUUCUGAGUUAAUAUGCUUUAAAAACAUGCACAGUCCCACUAAUGAGACUCACUGGAUGCUUAUGUCUGCUGAAGAAUCAGAUGCUACAGUUAGAAUAAGUCACAUGAUCUGUACAUCUAUACUCUUAGCUAAUGUUAACUUUGACAAGGAAAUAAAAUUCUGUGCCUUGAGUUCUCA